AAUCUUAAGGUUGUUUGCUAAAUACAUAAGGAACAUGCUACUGACGAAGUAACAACAUAUUUUUUUCUGUGAAGACAAGCUGUAACAAAUCUGAGUAUAUCAAUGAUUUUAAUCGGUCAGUUCAGUGAUUUACAUUUUUUAAAGAAAUUGUGAAGAGUUUUCACCAUGAUGGAUUAUGUUGAAAUACCACUAGUGAAGUCAGACUUUUAGUACACACGGUACAUAAGAACAGAUUAACUAGUUGAUGUCCAAUCUAUGAAUAGUUUCAAGAUCAUGGAUGAAAAGAAUAAUUUAGGAUUUAGACUUCGUCAUAGAAAGGAAUUGAUAAACCACAGAUCAAAAGUAGUCGAUACGUCGUUUAUCCUGAGCCUAGUCGGAAUUAUAUGUAAUGUGGUCCAUUACGAGCUAGUUUUCGGAGACGUAAUUAUAAACGACGGGCCAGCAUCUACCGUUUUACGGAUAAUUACCACUAUAACGACAUGUUUUCUGGUAAUUUCAAUCAUUAUGUACAAUUUGAUUGGCAUACGACUACAACUGGUCACAACAGGUCUCGACAACUGGAAGUUAGUCAUUAAUUCAAAUAUUAUUGUGAAAACAUUGCUAGAAAUUAUUAUCUGUUCUAUACAUCCGAUUCCAUAUGGAAAUUUUACCAUGCCAAUGCUGGUAUUAAACCCAGAUACAUUAAUUUAUGAAACACAUCAAGUUCCAAUCAAUGCAAUUUUAUCGGUACUGAUGUUUCUUCGUAUUUACAUUGUAGGUAGAUUUCUGGUUGAACACAGUGGUCUUUUCGGGGAUACUACUGUUCAAAGUUUAGGGGCACUAAGUAAAGUCAAUAUAAAUGCAAAAUUUGUAUUUAAAGCUUUGAUGUCAACUAUGCCCGGGACUGUUCUGACCUGUAUAUUAGUAACGACGCUGAUCGUGAAUAGCUGGGGCUUAAGGGUAUGUGAAUAUUAUUCUUUUGAAAAUUCGACUGUCGAAUCUCCUGCAGGUAGCUAUCUUAGCGCUUUAUGGCUAAUAGCUGUUACCUUUCUCACAUUAGGUUAUGGUGAUAUUGUUCCUUAUAGUGUUUGUGGUCGUUUUUUUGCUAUAACGACCGGAAUGAUGGGCGUCGGUAUAAUGGCUCUGUGCGUUGCCGUAUUGGCGAAGCAACUUGAACAAACGCGUUCCGAAAAGUACGUACAUACAUUUGUCCAGCAGAUCCAUAUGGACAAAAUUCGUCGUAAUGCUGCAGCUGAUGUCGUUAAGCAGUCCAUGUUGAUACAGCGGCUUCGCAAACUGGGAUAUAAGCAUGCCAGCACUGAAGUAAUUCAUCAUCGCAGAAAAUUAAUUUCCGCUAUUCAUGAAAUGAAUAAGUCUAGUGACGAAAAGUAUAGAUUGCACGAUAAUGUCGUUGGUAUUGUGGAAAUUGCCAAAGGAGUAACAGAAGUAUGUGGUAUGGUUGAAAUUAUUAAAAACAAUCAGGACAACGUCAAUAAAAGGCUUGAAAAUCUUGAAACUUCAUCCACCAAUAUACAAAAACAACUUUAUGAAAUUCGCAAUGUACUUCAAACAAAUAUAAGAUUAUAAGUCCAAUCUAUAAGACCAUUGAACAUUAUUUGGUAAAUACCAUUUUCAUUUAACCAAAACAACAUUGACAUUUGUCCAUUUAAAGUGUCGUUAAUGUGAUAUAAUUAUACAUUUAUCCCUCCAUGCAGUGCAUGCAAAUGUUUAUCUCCAUGCGACUUACAAAAACACUUUCUAAUGAAAAUCAAACGCAUAUCGAAUUAUUCGUAAUGCUAAGAUUUUUAAUGUUGUCAGUUUUUACACAAUGUGAAGGACGAUGGUUGACCUUGCACACAAGAAGAAACAAUUCCAGUAACAACCGAAGUAAACACUCGUCUCAUGAUUAUUCGUGGUAAUAAAAACUAUGUUUGUUUGUUCAUGGGCAUAACUGUGAUUAUCACUUCCUGUCACGUGUGUCAUCAACUAUAGUCGCAUAUCAUGAAAUCAUCUGAUAAAUUGUGUUUGGUUAUUAUUGUGAUCGCAUAUCUUAUAAAAAAAGUUUUUAUGUUACUAAAACGGUUACAUAUGAUUAACCAAACAUUCCAGCGUCACCUUAGUUUUAUAAUGGAAAGUUAAAAUACGGAAAUGUUCUAUGUAAAACCCUUAUUCAUUCCAAAUAAUGCUAACAGUAGCUGUAUUUGAACACGAUUUGAUAAUAUGUUCACUUUGUACAUUUCCAGUCCGUCAUACCAGUUUACUUAUGGAAGUAUCCAGAUAUAUAGUUGGAGUUGGUGGUAUAUUGACUUACACACACAGUCUAUUUGGAGCUUUAGCCUAUAUUAGGUCCGUUAAUGUCCAUUAGUGUCCAUAACGUAGCGUACAAUUUGUUGUGUGUUUUGUGUUCUCUUAUUUGUAUGUUUGUCUUUUUCUUUUAUACCCAUGGCGUUGUCAGUUUAUUUUCGAUCUAUGAGUUUGACUGUCCAGCGUGUAUCUUUCGACCAUCUUGUUCAAUUAUUUUAUGCGUAUCUAUGAUGAUAUAAUAUUUUUUCUCCUAUGCAAUUUUUUUUUCUA